AUGUCGACGACAGACGAUAAACCGGUCGUGCUUGUCACGUACCUGGCGGGGUACAUAGUUCUUUCCUAUGUGAUCAGCGCAAUGGGAUGUGCAACCACACUGGAGCUGCUCCACCGGCGGACAUCGAGGUCCGGUCUAUACAAUUGGUACCUUCUCCUAACCUCGUCGAUCACAAUGGGUGGUAUUGGAAUUUGGUGUAUGCACUUCAUCGGCAACCGCGCUAUCGUCCUGGGCGACGGCCAGGCAGACGUGCAAGUCUUAUAUAACGUGGCUUUUACGGGUACCUCAUUCGUGCUCCCCGUGGUAGUACUGCUAUUUGCAUUCUACGCUGUGGGCGUCGAAGAGAAGGCCGGCUAUCUUCGCAUCCUCAUCGGAGGCUUGCUCACUGGUAGCUCUGUCUGCGGUAUGCACUACAUCGGUCAACUCGGAAUCUCGAACUAUAGAUGCUCCUAUCACGUCGCCAAUGUCGUGGGCUCGGCGAUCAUUGCUAUUUUCUCCAGUACUGCUGCCCUAGGCAUCUUCUUCCGCUGGAGGGCUACCUGGACUGAUAGCUGGUGGAGACGAGGAAUCUGUGCUUGCUUAUUGGCGGUUGCCGUCUCUGGCAUGCAUUGGACCGCGGCCGUUGGAACUGUCUACAAGGACCACAACCGCAUGGUCAUGAAGGGAACCCAGUUGUCGAGGAGUCAGGUUGUCAUUGUCUGCACUGUUCUGGCCUGUGUUGCAUGUGUAGUGUUGUCGAUGUGCGCUGUUAUCGCUGGGCGAAAUCGCAGAAAGUCGACGACUCGUGCCCAUCAGCUGGUCCUUGCCUGUGCCUACUUUGAUCCCACUGGACGAAUCAUGGUCACAACGCAGGCUCUGCUUCCUACGAGAAAGAUUGUUGAUCAUUAUAUCGGACGGACAUUCAAAGAUGACGACCUCACCCGGACUCACCCUACGUUCCUGUGGGCAUUUAGGGCAACUCGAAAUUGGCCCGUUGUGAAAGAUCUAGUACCCUUCAUGCGAAACCGCCUUGAUUCCGAAGAAAGUGCCAUUGAGAAACACAUGCUAUCGCGCGGAGUGUUUAUGGACAAGGAUACGGAGUUGCAAACUGAUUUUGAUACCUUGUUCAAGCAACUCUUCUGUGUCACAGCCCAAGAGCUCUCGGAUGAACUGAAUCUGCCUCUCCAGGACCUAGGAACACUCUACGACGAUGUUCUCUCUACUGCUAUCCCCGUCUCCCGACUUUCUCGAGCCAUGGGCCGCUCUUCGCUCCGCACUGGCAAGGGCCAAUUGAUGUUCACUGUUCGCCAGCUACAAAAACAUGAAGCAGCACGCUUGAGGUCACAGGGAUUCCGAUUCGCAACCAUCGAGCAUAUCACCGGAAUGCUUUCCCGACGCAUCCAUGUUCCCGAAGCAAACCUAGCCAACUCCCUCCGCGAUAUGCGAGACUACGCAAGCUCGAAUCGUGGCUUUGACGAGGGAGUACACCUCAUAUCCUUCAUGAUGCGCCCAACAAUCCACGAUCACUUCGAGAUCCUCACCGCAAAGGGUGUCGGCAACCCCCUCCCAUCCGCAACCCUCCCCAUAAAACACCUCGAAAUCCACCAUCUAGAACUCAUAUCCCACAUGGAAGGCUGGUCCAUGGACACAUGCAUGCGAUACCUCCAGUCAGCCAGCGCAGGGCAAGCCUUCCCCAACCUGGACGACUUCCGCGCCGAGUUCAUCCAGGCCAUCAUUUCUCUCUCGAAAACCAUCCCAGAAGACCUGCGCGCAGCAGCGCAACUUUCCACUCGCCCAUUAUCAGCCCCCUGCCGCAGCAGAUCCCCCAACCCCGAAAUAGCCGUACAGAAAACCUGCACCCUCAUAACCUUCUGUGUCGUCGGCACGCUCGAAACUCAAGUCUCCAACCCAGACUACACCUUCACCCCCUUCCGUCUCUUCCGCGUCCAGCAACAGAUAAACGAAGCCCUCACCGACCGUGACGAUUUCGCCCGCGAACUAGGCGACGAACUCUUCUGCACAGACGUGCGCUCGGGAUCGACCACCAGCGAGAGCCCUUCCACGGCUAAACUGGCCAUCUUGCGUCUGUGGCCGUCACGCAAGCGCUCGGCGACCUUGAGCUCGCAAUACUCCCAGGAGUCGUUUGCGGAUCCUACUGCGACUGCGUUGCGGGAUAUCACUGUUCGCAGGGAGGUUCGCGUUGAUUUUACCCACCUCCAUGAGAAAUCAAAUCAUAAUGUCAGUGCCCGGGAAACAAAGGUGGUUGUUACCGGUGGUGGUGAGAAUGCGCCUACGACUUAUGUCGAUGAGUUGUAUAGUCUUUGCUAUGCACCGGGUAUCCGGAUGAGACCUGAUGCGUCGUUGCAAAAUAUUUCGCGUGGAUCGACUGCAUGCUGA